GAGAGAUUGAGAGGGUGGGAGGAUCAGAGCUUGAGAAAGCGAGCACAUGAGAAGACGCAAAUUCAUCGAGAGAAAUAGAGAGAGUUUAUGAUUACAAACACAGCAGCUGAGGUAGAUCGACGGAAGGAGAGCGCAAGAUAGAGAGGUCUUCACAUGAGAGCAAGCUGCAAACAGAAAGAAAGUGACCCGGUGUGCGUGUAGUGCCGCGUAGCGCUGGUCUACUCCGUGCUCUGUCUCCAUCUGGGUGCCAUCUGUGUCUCUGGCUCUGGCCUUCGCCACACUGGGGCUCACAUAUGUGGGAAUGCAAACACAUGCCUGACAUAUGAAGGCGAGGAGUCACAGAAAGAGACAAAAAGGAAAGGAUAAGACAGCGAAGCCCCGUCACUGCAGCGGACUUUCUCAAAGGACUGAAGAGUGGACUCUACUAGAGUGGAGACAGUAGAGAGAAGAAGAGCCCUGCCAUGCCCGGUUCUCCUGUGGAUGCUAAGACUCAUUCCAGAUCAGCCCCCAUCAGCUCCACUAUGCCCCCACUGCCUUCUGUCAACCCCAGCGGCCCUCGCCCGGCCUCCUUCUCCACCACAGCAUUGACCAAUGGGAAUCAUCAUUCCCCACCAACCCUGAAUGCAGUGCCAUCUCCACCGCAGCGUUACAGCAACGGACCGUCCUCUUCCUCUUCCUCAUCACUGGCUAACCAGCAGCUGCCGGCCACCUGUGGGGCUCGCCAGCUGAGCAAGCUGAAACGUUUCCUGACCACACUGCAGCAGUUUGGCAACGACAUCUCUCCUGAGAUUGGAGACAGCGUCCGAAGCCUGGUUCUGGCCCUUGUGAAUUCGACAGUUACCAUUGAGGAGUUCCAUUCACGGCUUCAGGAGGCUACCAAUUUCCCCUUACGGCCCUUUGUUAUUCCCUUCCUCAAGGCAAACCUUCCCCUGCUGCAGAGGGAGCUCCUCCACUGUGCACGUGCAGCCAAGCAGACCCCAGCCCAGUAUCUGUCCCAGCAUGAGCAUCUUCUGCUGAGCACCACCAUGGCCUCCUCUCCAGACUCCUCCGAGCUGCUGAUGGAGCCUCCAGAGGCAGUUACAAAGAGACACAGCCCCCACAGAGCUAAAGAGAAUGGUUUCCAUGAACGUCCACCCGCAGCCAUGGAACCCGCCGCAAAACGAAUUUGCACCAUCAGCCCUGCUCCCCGACACAGCCCCGCCCACCCGCUGCCCCUCAGUGCCCAGCUUCACCCGACCCCUCCACCCUUGCAGCACUACGCCCUGGAUGACAUCGCAGCACCACACAUCCUACACCGCGAGCACAGCCAACGCAUGUUGGAGAUCCGCGAGCUCAAAGACAGACCUAGACUACCUGGCACUAACGGGGGCUACCGCGAGGAACCAGUGGACCACAGACUGACAGACAGGGAGUGGGCUGAUGAAUGGAGGCAUCUGGACCAUGUGUUGAACUGCAUUGUGGACAUGGUGGAAAAGACCCGGAGGUCAGUGAGCGUGCUCAGACGAUGCCAAGAGUCCGAUCGCGAGGAGCUAAACUACUGGAGACGGCGUUCGAGCGAGCAGGAAGACCCACGCAAGGGAGGCUCGGGCUCCACUCCCUUCUCCAAGACACACAGCCCCCACUCUGCAGAGUCGGACUCCCAGCGAGACUUUGCUCCUCGGCCAGGAUCAGCAUACGUUACGGAUGAGAUCUGGAGGAAAGCUGAAGAAGCUGUGAAUGAGGUGAAGCGUCAGGCCAUGGACGAGGUCCAGAAAGCAGUAGCAGAGGCUGAGCAGAAGGCAUUUGAAAUGAUCUCCUCUGAGAGGGCAAAGAUGGAAAAGACUCUGGCCGACGCAAAGAAGAAGGCUCAAGCGGACGCCAUCUUGGUCAUUAACGAACAGGAGGAUUCCAGCGAGUGUUGCUGGAACUGUGGCCGUAAAGCUAGCGAGACAUGCAGCGGCUGCAACGCCGCUCGCUACUGCGGUUCCUUCUGCCAGCACAAAGACUGGGAGAGGCAUCACCUCAUCUGCAGCCCAGGACUUCAGGCUCAGCCCAAACCAGUUUCUGCCAUCACAGCUAGCAGGGCAGCAGCAGCAGCAACAGCAGGGGUCUCUCCUAUUGGCCUUGUCGGGGUUAAAACCCCCGACAGUGUUCCUUCAAUCUGCAGUCCUGGUGGAGAGAAAGCUUCAGUUGCUUCUCGCUCAUCCACCCCUUCCACCCCUGCCUCUGCCCCUGAGACCAACGGACACUAGGAAGUGAAAGACAUCAGUGCUGAAUGUGUCAACCUAUCCUCUUUGUUACUGGGGCAAUAAUUGAACCAGCAGCAAGAGGGAACUAUUUCUGGGUUAAGUUAGGGUAACAGAUUUUUCAUCAUACUGUUUGGCAGUAAAAAAAAAGGACAGAUUACGGAUGACUGAGUGAUAUGUCAACUGGGACUUUGGCUUUGGCAAAGAAAAGGAGGAUUCGUCUCAAACGCAUCUAUUGGAUGAACAGAUCUCCCUAACAGAUGGAAACGUGUUUUUCUUUGUCCAAAAAAAACCCAAAUGUUGGAUCUGCAAGCAGUGGAAAAAAACUGAGGAUAGCUUUCAGUUUAUCUCUGGCUGAGGGGAGGAAGUUAUGAAAGGGAGGCAUAUGAGAAAAGACAGAGGAGAUGAAAAAUCGUGAAAAACGCCUCCCCCACACACCAAUACUCCCACUUUGUUGUGUAUAGAUUUAAGUUGGGGAGGUUUUGAUGGAAAAGGUUGACAGUGUGAUAGUACCAGCCAUACAGCAUCUGUCUUCGUCCUGUAGGAAAAUCUAAGAGCAAACAACACAAGAGUCGACUCUGCAGCUCCUCCUGUAUACAUAAAUAUAUGCUCGCCAAAUUCAUGUCAGGUUUUCAUAUGUGUGAAUGUGUGUGUCAUCAGUGAAUAUUGUACAGCAUAUGAUAACUUUUGUCAAAGCAAUAUAAAAGUGAAGUGUUCAGGUAUCUCAAGCCGCUUCUGCAUCACCAAAGUUUUCAGUCGCUAAAGAGAGAGUCUCGUCCUUGCCUGUAAAUGUUGUUGUGAACAAGAGAUAAUUAUACUCCAACACCACAUUAUAUCUACUUUUGUAACAAGCUUAACUAGGAACAUCGGUCCCUUUUUUUCCUUUUUGAUCACCAGAAAUCUUCACAGGUGAUCAGGAUUGGAUCAAGUAAGUGCAGGAGGAUAAGGUUCAGACUUUAUUCUGGCUGUAGUUUCAUUUUGGCACUUGUUUGCGUCACCAGUUGUGUAUGAGGGGGUCGCACGUUGCUCCAAAUCUUCCACUACUUCAGUGAUUGCAACUGGAGAUUGUAACAGAGUACAGUCUUUAACCAAAGCAGAGAUAAAGGAUGACAAUUAAAUCAGUUUUAUUUGUUUUAAAUGUAUCAAAAGGACGGAAAUUGUCCCUGGUGUUACUGUUUCCGUGGUGUGGGUUUGGAGCAGCGACUAUGUCCCAUGGAGAAUCUCAGGAGCUAAACUGUAUUUGUAUGUACAGAUCUUUCUUAUUUUCUUUUGUCGCAGUUAGGUUCGAGUCAAACCUUUAGUGAGGAACUUUGAUUUAUGGUACUCCGCUGUUGCAUCGACACAUUGUUCGUGUUUUUUUGUUUGUUGUAAGAUGACUUUGUAAAGAAUAUUAUGAGAGAAUGCUUUUAUUUUGUGAGCCACGAUUUUCUUUGUUCUUUAAACACGUUCUUUUAUUAUGAGGCAUACGUUCAUAUGGAAAAAGAUAUCUUGACAUGAAGUAUGAAAUAAAGAAAUAGAAUUAAUUCAAAAAA